UGGUGAACUCUAUAACUUGCAAACACUAAGAGCAGAAACAGAAUAUUUGUGGAAACUGCCAAGUUCGAUGAAGUGCUUGAUUAACUUGAGGCAUCUUUAUGUUCUCCGAUGUGUAAAGUUACCAGCUGAUAUGGGGAGAUUAACUAAUCUCCGAACACUAAGGUACUUUGCAGUGGGUGAAAACAAGGGCUAUCAAAUUGAAGAGUUGAAGAGUUUGAACAAUCUCAAAGGAGAAGUACAUAUUUCUAAUUUGGAAAAGGUGCGUAACAAGGAAGAAGCAGCAAAAGCAAAUAUACAUCGGAAGCAAAACUUAUCUGAACUGGUGUUGAGUUGGAGUUUAGAAAGAGAAGGGCAAAUAAAUGACGAGAAUGUGUUGGAAGGCCUCCAACCUCAUUCAAACCUGAAGAAGUUAGGGAUUGUAGGAUUCAAAGGCAAUCGAUUUCCAUCAUGGACUAGGGAGAUGGCUGUACGGGAUGGGCCACUUGAGAACUUGACACAGUUAACACUCUCAUCAUGCUCAGAAUGUAGGGAAAUCCCAAAGCUGGAACACUUGAAAAAUCUCAAAUCUCUUUCUUUGAUAAAAUUGGAGAAGGUGGUGUCGAUAGAGUCUCCGUUCAGUAAUUUAAUGUCGUUCUACAUACGAGAUUUAAAGAGAUUACGAAGUCUCCCAGAUUGGUUAUUCCGUAAGAAUCAGAAUCUCUCAAAGUUGGAGAUAACCGGAUGCUCCGAAUUGAAAAAAUUACCUGAUGGACUAGAAAUGCUUCAUUCUCUGGAGGAGUUGUAUAUAACAAAUUGUGAAAAGAUGACGAUGAUCGGCAAUCCAGAUGUCAGAGAAGGACAAUGUAUCCUCCGUGUGCUGAGGAUUGUAGAGUGCAUAGAGCUGAUGGAAUUGCCUUGUAAAAUGUUGGAGUCGUGGGUGCCGUCGCUUGAGAUAUUAAAAAUGUCUGAACUACAAAGCCUAAAGAAUCUACCAAUGCUUGUUGGCUGCCUCGCAAAAUCAGCUCGUCUUAGAAAAUUGGAAAUCGGAUGCGUUCCUCAAUUCAUGAAUGGUUGUGAGUUUAAGGAUUGGCAUUUUGGCAGCUUGCAAAAGUUACAUUUAGAUGUUAGUGAGGAGAAAAGUCCUGACAUUGAACAGAAGGUGGAUGCUAUCUUACAAGGAAAUUGCAACUCACUCACUCGGUUAUGCUUAGUAGGACAGCAAAUUUGGGAGACGGUGCCAAAAUCAAUCGAACGUCUCACUGGUCUUUCUAAGUUAGACUUGCAGAAGCUAGGAAUUGAAGAAUUGCCUGAAUGGUUUGGAAACCUCGUGUCUCUAGUGCAGUUAAAUCUAUCUAGUUGCAGCAAGUUGAAGCGCCUGCUUUCCCGGGAGACAUUAGAGCGCCUCACUAAAUUACGACAUUUAUAUAUUAACAAUUGUCCGGAAUUACGAAUUGGAUCUGCGUGGUGCAACGCUCCCCAUCUCACCAUCAAGCUUGAUAACCGUUGGAUUGAACCUUGUACUAAUGAAAUUGUUGAUGGAGGUAUGUCUUCUGCUGCUGUUGAAUUUAUUUUUAAGAGCCUUGGCAACACUUUAAAGGAAGACCGCUCUUCCAUUGGAGAUGUCCAACAGCUGCAGGGUGUUUUGAGCAUUGCUCAGAGUUACUUGAAUGACGCCCAGAACAAGUCCAUUGGCGAACAGCCUGUCAAGGUCUGGUUGACGACGGUUCAAGCUGUGGCUUUCGAAGCUGAUAAGGUUUUAAAUGAACUCGACUAUCAUUAUGAAGUGAGGAAAUUGAAGAAGCCCAGGGCCAAGGAUAAGUUCCUAUCAUGCAUCUCAUACUGCAUUCGCUUUAACCGCCGACGAGAUAUAACUUUGAAGAUUAAACAAAUCAACCAUUAUUUCAACCUAAUGAUCUUUAGUGCAAAGUUGCUUGACAUUGCUCCUGCUCCUGCUCCUCCUCUUCCUCGUGCUUUCUUUGAAACUAAUUCAUUGACUCUCGAUCCAAUCUUUGAGGGAAGGGAUGAUACUGUGGAAAAACUAGUUGAGAAGCUGACCACCGAUAUCCCGGGAAAAGCCAUAUUCUCCAUCCUUGCGAUUCAUGGGGUGGCUGGUGUGGGAAAAGAAACGUUGACCAGGAAAAUAUUUAACCAUGAAGAUAUCAAGGCUCGAUUUGGAUCGCAUCUUUGGGUCCUUGUUUCUAGAGUUUCCAGUCCAAUCAUGCUUUUCAAAAAUAUCCUUUCAACGUUGACGUCUGAAACAAAAAUUGGUGGAGUUGAGACCGAGGAAAGUAUCCUCAAGAAGCUCCAACAAGUUUUGAAGGCAAAAACUUAUCUUCUUGUUCUUGAUGAUAUUUGCAUUGAAGAUGUUCCACAAUUGGAAAAAUUUAUAAAUUCAAUAUCGAGAGUAUCUUCUACACGGGGAAAUGCAAUUAUCAUCACUACAAAGAAAGAAGAAGUUGCUUUAUCAGUGAAGCCAUUUUACCAUUAUCAUUUGGAAGGCUUAUCCAUUGAAAAUUGUUGGUCAAUAAUCAAAUCAAAAGCAUUUCAAAAUGGAGGUGUUCAAUCAGGACAUGAGAUCGAUGGAACAGAAAUUGCAAAAAGAUGUCAAGGUUUGCCGUUAGCUGCCAAUAUAUUUGGCGGAGUGCUUCACCAUAAAUCAAAACAAGAGUGGUCAUCAGUCACAGAAAAUUGGCAUUCAGAUAGUAAGGAAGCUGGGAAUAUCUCAAAUAUAUUGAAACUGGGUUUUGAUAGUUUGCCUUCGGUAUCACUCAAGAUGUGCUUAGCAUAUUGUUCAAUUUUUCCUAAAGGUUGCAAAAUUGUGAAGAAUGAGCUGAUUGAAUUAUGGAUGGCAGAAGGGUUUCUUGACCCAAAUGAAAGAGUUGGCAUUGAACCAAAUGAAAGAGUUGACAUGGAGUCUGUGGGCGAAAUGUUUUUAAAUGUGCUUCUACACUAUUCAUUACUUCAAGUUGCAGAGAGAGAUGCCAAUGGAAAUGUUUUGAGUUAUAUGAUGCAUGAUCUUGUGCGUAAUCUCGCAAGUGCUGUUUUAAAAUCUGCACAUGACUUAUUUUGUGAAGAUGCGGAUAAAGAUGAUGCAAGUUCUGUAAUAUAUUUGAUGCGUACGUUAAUCUUCCGAGGUGACGAUAUCACCAUGUUCUGUGAAGAUAUCACCAUGUUCGGGAGUUACAAAUCUCUUCAUGCUCUUACUAUUGACUGUGACCGGGUUAGAGAGUUGCCGAGUUCCAUUCGCGAGUUGAAACAUUUGAGAAAUCUUAAUGUUUCAAGAACAAGAAUUGAAUAUUUGCCAGACUGGAUUUCUGAAUUCCACUACUUGCAAACCUUGAAUGCAUCUACAGAAUCUUUGAGAGAACUGCCAAGUACGUUGACGUACUUGAUUAGGUUACGACAUCUUUAUCUCUGCCGUGGCGUAGAUUUGCCUUCCGAGAUUGGGAGAUUAAAUCAUCUGCAAGAGCUGAUGUUUAGAGUGAGCGAGCAGAAGGGAUACACAAUUGAAGAGUUGGGAAGUUUGAACAAUCUCAAACAACUAUACAUUGAGAACCUGGAAAAGGUACAUAACAGUGUAGAAGCCAAGAAAGCAAAAUUAUCUGAGAAGGAAAACUUACUUUCCUUGACGUUAGAAUGGGAUGAAAAUAGAGAAGGUGAAAAAAAUGAUGAUGAUCCUCUCGAUAAAAAGAAAGAAAUAAAUGAUGCGGCUGUGUUGGAAGACCUCAAACCUCACCCAGGCUUGCAGAUGUUAAAGAUUGCAGGAUUUAAAGGCGAACGUUUUCCACCAUGGGCUCAAAAAUUGACAGGGUUUGACAUGCUAAUUGAGAUAACACUCAGUGGCUGCCAAGGAUGUCAAGAUAUCCCGGAGCUGGGGCAGUUGAAAAAGCUCAAAACGCUUAGUUUGUGGAGAUUGAGCAAUGUGACGUCCAUAAAUUCGUCAUUCUACGGUAAUAUUGAUGGAGCUGUAAUAAGCUUUCCAGCACUCGAAACCCUCUUAGUGACAGAUAUGGCUGAGCUGAAAGAGAUACAAGAUUUUGGCAAGGGAGUGGAGGUAUUUCCAAGCCUUGUAUCCUUGAAAAUCUACUGGUGCAACAAAUUGGAACGUCUCCCAUCUCAGUUCUUCCUUAAGGCUGGUGGACUCAAAGAACUGGAUAUAAGGCAUUGCUCCAUGUUGAGUAGAUUUCCUGAUGGUCUACACAUCCUAGACCAUCUAAAGUCGUUGACUGUAAAAGGUUGUCAAAAUCUGGAGUGGAUAGUAAAUCCAGAGAGCGGAGGGAGCUUAAAUUCCCUUUGUAGUUUGGAGAUUCGUGAUUGCCAAAAGCUGACGGCAAUGGUAGAGCCACAGGGGCCUUCGCUCAAGAAAGUAUCUAUGUCGGAACUAAAGAGCCUAGAGCAUCUACCCAUGUUUCUUGAUUGCUUGGCAAACUCACAUUCGCUAGCUCAACUAACCAUUGUUGGCAUACCUUAUAAAUUCACAUCCAAUACUCUUAUUAAGAAUUGGCCUUUCCAGAGAUUGCGAAAAUUAGAGAUUGAUUUAACUAUGGAGUACUGUUCAAGUGUAGCAGUUGAGGAGACAGUCGAUAACAUGUUGCAAAACUGCCGCUCGUCACUCGGUGAGCUAAAGUUGACAGGGCUGUAUAAUUGGAAAGUUCCUGGAUCAAUUGAACGUCUCACUGCUCUUUAUAGUUUGGAGUUGGAGAAUUUUGGAGUUUUUGAUUUGCCUGAAUGGUUUGGGGAUCUCUCAUGUCUAAAAAGGUUAUGUCUAUCUAUUUUUCCAAAGUUAAGGCAUCUGCCAUCGAUGAAGCUUCUCACGGAGUUGCAGGAGUUCCACAUUAGCAAUUGUCCGAAAAUACGGAUGGAAAAUGAGGGGCACAAGAUUUUCCAUCGCUGCAUCACCUACGUUAAUGGUCACCAGCUUUAGAGCUCCUGCUCAAAUUGAAGAUCAAGUCAGAAAUUAUCAAGACUAGUAUUGUUUUCACUCAUAUAAUGAUAACAAAUUCACUGUGGAAGAAAGGCCAGGUUAGUUUAUUGGUGCGUAAAUAUUAACUGCACUAGAAGACCAUUCUAAUUUGUUUAAUUGUACAAAAAAGCGUUUUACUUCAAAUUUUCAAUGCUAAAUAUAAGAUCGGAGUAUUGUGGAGCUAGAUAAUUAACUGAAUGUUUUCAUUCAAUUAUAAUUAGAUUGUUAAAUCAAGCUAACCUUGUGAAACAGGCUGAAUCUGCGUAUGUUUUCUAUAACACCCCACU